GUGACUGUAACGGGCGGAAUUUUCAAAUAACAACUGCAGGAGCCGCGGAAAUGGAAGCGGGGCCCGCGAGCCCGUCAAGUUAUCGGGAUCUCGUUAUAGCCGCCACAACAGCCCUGGUGUCCGCUGUGAUUUCGUGGCGCGCUGUUUUGCGACGAUGAAGCGCGAAAAGUGGAGAGAGAAGAAAUAUGGCGAGCAGCAUCGGGGAAAGGAGGGAGGACUUCAAGGUCCUCAACCUCCUUGGAAAAGGCUCAUUUGCCUGUGUUUACAAGGCACAGUCUAUCAAUACUGGCAUCGAAGUGGCUAUAAAAAUGAUCGACAAAAAAGCCAUGCAGAAGGUUGGGAUGGUACAGAGGGUCAGGAACGAGGUAGAGAUACAUUGCCAACUAAAACAUCCAUCUAUUUUGGAGCUCUACAACUACUUUGAAGACAGUAAUUAUGUAUACCUCAUACUAGAAAUGUGCCAUAAUGGGGAAAUGAACAGGUUUUUAAAACACAGAAAGAAACCAUUCUCUGAAGAAGAAGCGCGACAUUUCAUGCACCAGAUAGUCACAGGAAUGCUGUAUCUUCACUCUCAUGGUAUUCUGCACCGGGACCUCACUCUUUCCAACCUUCUGCUCUCAAAUGACAUGAAUAUUAAAAUUGCAGAUUUUGGGUUAGCCACUCAAUUGAAAAUGCCCAAUGAGAAACAUUUUACGAUGUGUGGCACACCAAACUACAUUUCCCCAGAAAUUGCUACUAGGAGUCCCCAUGGGCUGGAGUCUGAUGUCUGGUCUUUGGGUUGUAUGUUGUAUACUUUCCUUGUGGGGCAUCCACCAUUUGAUACAGAUACAGUAAAGAACACACUAAAUAAAAUAGUACUGGCAGACUAUGAAAUGCCAAAUUUUAUGUCAAGGGAGGCCAAAGAACUUAUUUGCCAGUUACUACGUAAAAACCCAGCUGAUAGGUUGAGUCUUUCUUCUGUGCUAGACCAUCCAUUCAUGACUGGGUUUUCUUCUGCAAGAAGCAAAGAUAUGAGAGCUCUUGAAGACUCAAUGGAUAGUGGACAUGAUACCAUCUCCACAGGCUUCACUGGAUCUUCUGGAGUUAGUAUCAGUGGACGUUUUCAGGACAAAAGACCUUUCUGUGCAGCUCCACUCCCCAACAGAAUUAAUGUCUUGCAGCUCAAGGAUAAUCACCCUAAUGAUAACACAUUUAUGGAUCGAGGUAACUUUCAUAAUCGCCCCAGGAAUGAGAAUGAAUUUUCUGAGGCCAGAGGAAGGAAAGCUAUCGUUAGAGAAGAUAGGCCACAUUCCCGUUACCUUCGAAGGGCUCAUUCCUCUGACAGAUCAGGAAGCUCUCAUACUCAAUCAAAUGGUUUCGCCCAAAGAUGCCAGUCUGUAGAAACCCUUGCAAAGCCCAUCCAGACAACAGGUUACAGAAAUGCUAAUGCUUCUCCUUCAAAUAGCUAUGGAGAUAUUCCUCAGUUGUUCACAGACAAAGCUUCACAUGGGUCACAUUCCUUAGACAGACAGACUUCUCCUCCAGUAAAAGAAAAAACAAAUUCUGAAUUCCUUUCUGGUUUAAAGCCAAGCGCUCCGAGAGUGAAUGAAAAAUGCCAAGCUGAAACCAUGCAACUGAAAGGUCAUGCAAAGAAAUCUCAGGAUAUCAGCAGUGUCAGUAAUUCAGGUGGAGAAUUCUACUGCCAGCAAGGGGGUCCUCAACAUUCUUGGGAGGAUGUUAAGAUGAAAACUUGUACAGACUCUUCCUUUGACAAUACCAAGAAAGGAAUGAAAAAACUCCCUUCUCAAUGUUAUUCUGAACAAACACAGCGUGACUUUACUGUGGAAGAACAGAAAAAAUCCAAACAGUUUGUUGGGCAACGUACACUAAGAAGUUUAUUACCACCUCUGAAUUCAGAUAGACUUAAACCAAUCAGACAGAAGACAAAGAAUGCUGUGGUAAGCAUCCUAGACACUGGAGAAGUCUGUAUGGAGUUUUUGAAGGAGUACAAUUCCCAGGAGCGGGUCAAAGAGGUCUUGCGCAUAUCCUCUGAUGGAAAUCUUGUUUAUAUUUAUCACCCAAAUGAAGGCAGAGGUUUUCCAUUGGUUGACAGGCCUCCUUCACCUCCAGAAAACAUGUUAAGCUUCACUUUUGAUGGCUUACCAGAAAAAUAUUGGAAGAAAUACCAGUAUGCAGCAAAAUUUAUACAACUUGUUCGAUCCAAAACGCCUAAAGUAACUUACUACACACGAUAUGCAAAAUGCAUGUUAAUGGAGAAUUGCCCUAAUGCUGAUGUUGAAGUAUGCUUUUAUGAUGGAGCAAAAAUCCACAACACUGCAGAUUUAGUUAGACUAAUUGAGAAAAACGGGAAGUCUCACACAUUGAAAGAAGGAGAUAGUAGAGAUAUAUUGGGUGAUGAAUUACAAUCUUAUGUGGACCAUGCAAAUGAGAGUCAUAGUGUCUGUCUGUCUUUGGAAUCUGCCAUUAGUGUAGAAGAAAAAAAAGGAGAAAAUGUUUCACUGUUUCCAAUUACAUUUGGCAGGUAA